AUGCUCGCCGCUGCCCGUAUCUCUGUUGCUCGUCGCCUUCCUACCGUCUUUGUAGCCCGCUACACGGACGGCCGCGUUGAGGGUACUGUUGCUCAGUCCAAGGGCUUCAGCAAAAAAGAAAAGGCACAUGAAGACGAGUAUAUUCAUCGCCACGAAAUGGAGCUCCUCCAAAAGAUGAAGAAACAAAUUGAGGCGAGAAAAAAGGAGCUGGAAGAGCUCCAAGCACAAGCUAACGAGCUGGCUGGCAGUUAUAAGAAAGAAUAA